GUUUAGUUCCUGUCUCGCCGCCCCUCAUCGAGGAAAGUACUCGAGGGCACAAGUGGAAGCGACUUCUUGAAGGUGGAGCGGUUCCUCGAAGACCGCGCCGACCCUUUUCCUUCUCCCUACCAACGACAUCGUAGCCCAUUCUCCGCCUCGAUGGAUUCAAGGGGAGAGGAGGCCGGCGUGAAUCCGGCUGUCGGGAGACGCGCGGACAUCCACGAACUCUUCUGCCAUUACAACUCCCUCGGCUCCUGUGCACUCUCCUGGGCCUCCUCCUCCCCUUACCCCAGCUAUGCUGCCGACUGUCAAUAUUAUGAUGGUGGUGGUUGUGAGAUACACCUGUCUGAGCUGUUGUUGAAGACCCACACUGCUUCUGAUCUUAAAAACGUUUUACUAGAUGAGAUGAUUCAUGCUUUCCUCUGGAUUGAGUAUACCAACAAGGAUCACAGUGACCAUGGUCCAAGUUUCCAGGAUAUGAUGAAUUCAAUAAACACCAACUCAGAGACUGACAUGGCGAUACAACAUCACGAUCGAUCAUGAGUUUCAGAAGGACCAUAAUGAUGACAGAGUUCGCCAGUGGAUUUGUGAACUGUGUGGUAAGGUAAUCUUGUCAACCACAAAUAGAGGACGUUCAGAGGAUGCAUUGAAAAUGUGGGCCCUGAUGGAUUUUGUGACAACCCAUUAUGUCACUGGCAUAGUUAGUUACUUCAGGUUUCUGCCAUAACAAGCAGUGCAGUGGUAGAAAAGUAACCCAGAAAAGCAGUGCACUGUGGCAGCAGGAGGUCGGAAAUGAACAAAAAAGCAUGCUUCCGAGAAGCAUGUUUCUACUCACUCAAAAAGAAUAAAGGUGGCAAGAUGUGACAACAAAUGCACAGUCGUAAUUGAAUGGUUGAGCUUAUUCGAAGAAGAUGAGGAAGCUGAAGAUGACUCAAAACUUCUGGUAAAUAAAAGGUCAGAGAGGAGGAAAAAGCCAAAACUUCUGACUGGUAUUAUUAUGGAUCGACAUGCACAAACUGAGGCUAUCUAUCAUGCCACCACCUCUCAGAUGGGUUGUAGCAGAGAUGAUAGAGAUAAACAUGCUAUAGAUGAGCAAGAGAGACAUCUGGUUUCGAUCAAUGAUCAUCAAACAGGGAACCUUGUAAUACAUACUAAAGACUCGCAUACCAUCAAAGCUGCAUCUAGAGAUGAUCGGUUGCCUUCCCAACCGGCUGAUGAUGAUAACAUGAACCCAGAACGUACUGCAACUGGGUGUAUGGAUGUUAAGAUGUGUCAGACUUGUGUGAAUGUGUUCUUCCUUCAAAACGGCAGGUUAUUGUGGAUACCUCGGAUAAUGGAAAGGCUCUUCUUUCUUAAUUCACUCUCCUGGUACAUGCUUUACCACAAAGAGGAUGAAGGGGCAUUUUUUGAUUGGCCAAUCUAAUUAUCAAGGCAGCCAAUCUUGGGCAAACCUUUUCCAUAGGUUUUUGUCAUAUACAUGUAUUUCCUUAGUAUUCUGGGAGUUCCUGAUGGCGCAAAUUGGAAUUUGUGGUAUGUCCUUCGUCCCUCCCUUCUCAUAUCUCAACUUUUAUUCUCAGGAUGAUUAACUAGUUAGAUCAGUGUCAACUGUGUGAAAUUAUCUCCUUCCAUCUGUAGGUCUUAGAACUAUAGGUAAUUUGCUUGUCAUAAUGUGCUUUGAACAUUUGAACAAAGCAUCCCUUGCAGCAUUCUUACGCCAAAACCACACAAAUGUUUUCCUUGUUCAAUGUGCUUUGACUCGUUCCAUUAUUGUACCAAGUUCUGCUGCAAAAUUCUAUAUCUUCAGUGUCUCCAAAUUGAGAUUUGUAGCAAUUGCGGAGUUGUUUGUUUCGAGCCCUGUGGUGUCCAGUGUGUGGACACAUCGCAUCGGACAUCGUUUUCGUCAUUGAUGAGCGCAGAAAUUUCGGAUGCAUUGUGUUGAUGUUGUUGACUUCCUCAGGAAAAGACAAACAAUGCUUUGUGCGAGUUCCAAGCUCAGCGCAGCGACUGCCACAAGCGGUGUCUUUACGUCUCGCUGCUCGGAAUACCCAACCAACCGGCGAUGAGCUACGGCACCCGGAAACCCCACUUCGUCUUGGUUCCUCUCUUUGCCCAAGGCCACAUGAUCCCCAUGAUCGACCUGGCUCGUCUUCUCGCGCUCCGCGGGAUGGUCGUCAGCGUCGUGACCACCCCCCGCAACACCGCCCGGUUCAAGGCCAUGAUCGAUCGUGCAAACGCGGCCGGCCUGCUGAUUCGAUUUGCGGAGCUUCGGUUCCCCUGUGCCGAAGUUGGGUUGUCGGAGGGCUGCGAGAACGUCGACCUCCUCCCGUCAGAGGAGCUCGCCAGAAACUUCUUUGCGGGGUUGAACAUGCUGCGAGAGCCUUUGUUGGUCUACCUCCGUCAGCAGUGGCCGAAGCCAAGCUGCAUCAUCUCCGACUCAUGCACCCCGUGGACGAGGGAGGUCGCUCGAGAGCUGCGCGUACCUCGAUUGGUAUUCCACGGGCCCUCCUGCUUCUUCCUCUUGUGCACUCAUAACGUGAGCAAGCACAAGUCCGGUGGCAAUUUAGCCGAUGCAUUCGAGCCCUUCCUCGUGCCCGGCUUUCCUCACAAGCUGGAGGUGGUGAGAGCCCAAUCUUUGAAGUUCUUCGACUAUCCAGGAUGGGAGAAGCUUCGCGACGAGGCGGCGGAGGCUGAAGCCAGCGCCGAUGGGUUGGUGAUAAACAGCUUCCGCGAACUGGAGGCCGCCUACAUCGAUAGCUACCAGAAGGCGCUCGAGAAGAAGGUUUGGGCAGUAGGACCGGUCUGCCUCUCCAACAACGAGACCGGUGACGAGGUUGCGAGAGGGAACAAUACGAACGUCGACGAGAACCAGAUUAGGAACUGGCUGGACGCCAAGGAGACGGGGUCCGUCAUCUACGUUAGCUUCGGAAGCAUCGCGAGCCACAGCUCUUCUCAUCUGAUCGAGAUAGGACUCGGCCUGGAGGCGUCGAAGAGGCCAUUCAUCUGGGUGAUCAAGGAGAAAGAGAUGUCGCCGGAGGUGGCGAGCUGGCUAUCGGAGGGGUUCGAAGAGAGAACGAGCUGGAGGGGCCUGAUUCUGAAGGGGUGGGCGCCGCAGAUGCUGAUCCUGUCACACCCCUCCGUGGGAGGAUUCAUGACGCACUGCGGUUGGAACUCGACGCUGGAGGCGGUGUCGGUCGGAGUGCCGAUGAUAACAUGGCCGCACUUCGCCGACCAGUUCCUCAACGAGAAGCUGGUAGUGGAAGUUUUGCGGAUCGGCGUGGCGCUCAAGAUCAACAUGUCCAUUCCUCGUAUUACCGGUGAUUCCGAAGGUCUGAUCACUCGGGAGGAAGUGGAGAAGGCGGUCUCGGAGCUGCUGGAUGGAGGAGCGGAAGGAGAAGAGAGGAGGAAGAGGGCCAAGGAGCUGGGGGAGAAGGCGAAGAAGGCAAUGGAAGGAGGCCAGUCGUGCGAAGAUUUGACGCUCAUGAUCCGACAUGUUCUGGAGGUGGCAGAGGAGGGGAGGGUUCCGGUGCACAGGAGCUCAAGUUAGUUAUCUUAUCGAAACUCAAGUGAGGGAUGACGUUCGAGUGCAGACAUUGGACUCCAGGACUUGAUUUUUAUAAACUUUUUUUAUUUAAAAAUUAAAAUAAAUGGGUGCUUAUUACUCUUUGA